CGACCACCAGGGUUGUGUUUUGGAUCAGCGUGCGUUUAGAAGAGACACUCGGGAUCGACACAUUCAUCCAUAAUCUGUAUCUUUAAGUUUAUAGUAAUGGAAAGACUACAGUCAUACUCGCAAAUAAAAGGAGUCAGCACAGGCACCACCAUUCUUGCUGUCAAAUUUAAUGGAGGUGUUAUCAUUGGGUCUGACUCCAGAGCCUCUAUGGGCGAGUCCUACGUGUCGUCCAAAACCAUCAACAAGCUGAUACAGGUGCACGAUAGAAUAUUCUGCUGCAUAGCCGGAUCACUGGCAGAUGCACAAGCUGUUACCAAAAUGGCCAAAUUCCAGCUGUCAUUCCACAGUAUUCAGAUGGACUCUCCUCCUUUGGUAAAAGCUGCAGCCUCCAUUAUGAAAGAGCUUUGCUAUAACAACAAAGAGGACCUGCAGGCAGGAUUCAUCACAGCGGGUUGGGACAGGAAAAAGGGACCACAGAUAUACACAGUGGCUUUAGGAGGAAUGCUGCUCAGUCAGCCGUUUACCAUUGGCGGAUCUGGCAGCACGUAUAUCUAUGGUUAUGCAGAUGCCAAAUUCAAACCUGACAUGACUUUAGAAGAGGCUACACAGUUUUCCACAAAUGCUUUGGCUCUGGCUAUGGGUCGGGACAAUGUUAGUGGUGGUGUGGUUCACUUAGUUGUGAUCACUGAAGCUGGAGUCAAGCAUGUAGUUGUUCCAGGAGAUAAACUACCCAAGUUCCAUGAUGAAUAGGAAAACUCAACUGGAUGUUGAUUUUUUUUCACUACUUAG